CUUGUAUUCUAACUUCUAUGUCUAUGUCUAUCUCUACUUCUACGUUUAUGUUUAAUUUCUAAUUCUCUCACUAUGGCCCGUCAAUCAAGUGUUGAUCUAGACUCGCCCGACCGGCCCUUUGACAACAUCAUCAACUUCCGCGAUGUUGGCCGAUCGGUAAAUCAAUUCUGUCGCAAAGAAAUCCUGAAAGAAGGCGUCUUCUUUCGCAGCGCAAGGCUUGACGAUGCAUCAGAACGAGAUAAACGGCGUCUAGCCGAAGAGCUACACAUUCACACUGUGAUCGACCUCCGGUCAUCAACAGAACACCAAAUGGGGACGCGGAAACGUCGCAGUGAGAAUGCCAACUCAUCUGAGAUCGACUUGACUGAUGCUCCUGUCCCUACAAACCCUGAUGAACACCUGCUUCAGAUCCCUGGUUCUGAUCGUGCCUUGAUCAGUCUCACGGGCAAGGGGUUCGAGCGCGCCUUACUAUGGAAAUUGGACUGGAUGACUUAUCUGAAAGCAAUCGGCCUGGUAACAACAGGCUACCGCAAUGAUGCAGUUCGUCUAGUAUGUGGACAGGUGAUGCAACCACGCGGGUUAACAGGGUUAGCCCAAGAUACGCUAGAUUCGAGCAUGACAGAGAUGCGCGCAGUCUUUGAGCUACUGGCUCGUGAAGAGAGCUAUCCUACUCUAGUGCAUUGCACGCAAGGCAAAGAUCGGACGGGACUGGUUGUUCUGCUGAUGCUACUUCUCGCUGGUGAUGCCGUGCCAACUGAGGCUGUUGUUGAUGAUUACAGUAGGUCUGAGCUGGAACUUGUUCCUGAGUUUGAGGAGCGCAUAAAGGAGAUUCGGGCGCUUGGGCUUGGGGAGGAUUAUACGCGUUGUCCACCUGGCUUUGUUACUGAUACUACUGAGUAUCUGACAGAUCGGUAUGGCGGUGUUGAGGGGUAUCUGGAGAGGAUUGGCAUUGACGCUAGGAUGCAGGAGCGCAUUCGGUGGAAGUUGUUGGCUUGACGUGGUAUUUUGGUUCAUUUUUCUUUCUUGAGAGAGUUGUACAUUCUUGUCUCUCUGUAUUUCGAUAUGGGAAUUGUAAAUACGUUAAUUACCCUGGCAUACUUGGGAUUGGAAGCAUUGACAUAGCAAAGAAUGAAGCUUAUUGGACUUGAAUGUUGAAACAGCAAAUUGACGAUCACAUUAG